GCUCCAAACCUCUCCCACCUGCAGGCUUCUCCCUUCCAGUGGCUUAGGCCAAAAACUUUAGAGCUGGUCCUGAGUCUUCUCUUUCUCUCUCGUGUUUAGCUCUAACUUAUGAGCAAGUCCUGCUGGCUCCACCUUCGAAGCAUGGCCAGAGUCUGGGACUCCAGCUGCCUCCACUAUUGCUCCAGACCACCACCAUCUCUGACCUGGGAUAAGCCCCUGAUCUCCCCACCCCCCAACUCUGGCCCUCUAAGCAGCCCUCAACACAAAAGCCCGAGUGGUCUUUUAAAAACGGUCUCCUGAGCUGUAGACCCAAAUCUUCAAGGAGCUGGAAUCUUCCACACCUUGGAAAGAAUGAAGACCCAGGUGGGCCGGCAGCCCCGCCUGCUGAAAGUGAAAAAGAAGUGGCUCUUCCCAGCUUCCUGCAGCUUCUUCUUCCUGUUAUCUGUGGUUAUGACCGGCUGCUUCCUAUGGCAGUACCACCUCCCCAAGCUGAAGACCAGUUCCUUGGGACCAGAGGUGACCUCUGCCCCUGUGAGAAUGUGUCCCCGGCACCCUGAGCCUGUGCCCCUGGCCCACCCUCUCCCUGUGUUGAAGGAGGCCCUGGAAAAGGUGGACAGGAUCCUGCGUCAGGCGCUGUCUGCCCCGGGCCUGGCUGCCGUGUCUGCAGUUGUCAUCCACAAUGACACUGUGCUCUGGACUGGGAACUUUGGGAAGAAGAAUGGCUCAGAUCCGGCCUCUGGGCCCCCCAACGAGUACACCAUGUACCGGAUCUCCAGCCUCUCCAAGAUCUUUCCGGUCCUCAUGCUAUACCGGCUUUGGGAGGAGGGCAUUGUGGCCUCCCUAGAUGACCCUCUGGAGCGCUACGUCAGCACCUUCACCAUCAACAACCCGCUGGGCAUGGCGUCAGCCCCUGGACAACAGAGCCUGAUGGACGGGCUGGAGGAGGUGGGCCCAGCCCCAAGGCCUUCACCGGUCACCCUCCGAAGGAUGGCCAGCCAGCUCUCAGGGCUGCCUAGAAGGCUCCGGUCCACUUCACUGCUGUGGAGGGGCAGCACCCAGGAGGCCCUGAGCCUGCUCAAGGAUGAUGUGCUGGUGGCAGACCCGGGAACCAGGUGCCACUACAGCACGCUGGCCUUCUCGCUCCUGGCCCACGUCCUGGCAGCGCACACGGCUCAGGGUGACUACCAGCGCUGGGUGUCGGAGAACGUGCUGGAGCGGCUGGGGAUGGAGGACACGGGCUUCGACCUCACGCCGCGCGUGCGCGCCCGCCUGGCGGCCGGCUUCUACGGCAGCGGGCGGCCCGCGCCGCUCUACGACCUGGGCUGGUACCGGCCGUCGGGGCAGAUGUACUCCACGCCCGCCGACCUGGCCAAGCUGGCCAUCGCGCUCCUGGGCGGCGCGCCCCAGCGGCUGCUGCGGCCCGACGCGGCCAAGGCCCUGCUGGCGCCGCUGCUGGCCUGCCCGGGCGCCUACUUCGCCGACGAGACGGGCACCCCGUGGGAGUUCCACGCGCAGCGGGGCUACCGCGUGGCGCGCAAGGACGGCGACCUGGACGGCUACGCGGCCUCCCUCUCGCUCGUGCCGCCGCUGCGCCUGGGCCUCGUGCUGCUCCUGGCCGGGCCGCGGCCCCCCGGGCGCGACCUGGUGGCGCGGGCCUACGACGCGCUGCUGCCCGCCCUGGAGCGGGCCCUUCGCGAGGCCGAGCCCCGGCCCGCCCCGCCGCCCAGCGCGCGCCCCUUCGCCGGCUACUUCACCUUCGCCAACCUGACCUUCUACGAGGUGCGCCCCGGGCCGGCGGGCGAGCUGCGCCUGCGCCAGUUCGGGCCCCGCGUGGAGGCGCUCGUGCCGCCCGCCUUCCGCACCCUGGCGCUGCGCCACCUGCGCGGCCGCGUCUUCCAGCUGCACGUGGCGCGCGAGUUCCCGUGCGCGCUGCCCCUCGGGGCCGGGGCCGGGGCCGGGGACGCCUGGCUCUCCCUCGAGGCGCAGCACGGCCAGCUCGUCCGCUUCUACCCCCCGGACCGCCACGGGCUGUCCCCCGGCUUCGACGUGCCGGGCCUCAACACCUACCGGGUGCUGCGGCUGCAGCGCAAGCCCGCGCUCCAGGCCCCGUGA